AUGGAUGCUGCUGCCGCAUCCAAGUGGUGUGAAGAAGAGAAUGUUCCUUUGAAAACGGACCUAGUGGUUGAGAUCAAGGGAGAAGCUUGGACUGAAGAGAAACUACUCCCAGUUCUGAAAACUUUGUACAAAGACAAGAAGCUAUGGGUGAUAGACAUGAGGAUAGAUAACGCAAAUCCACACACAUAUGCCCUUUGUGAAUGGAGACAGGAACUUCCAGACUGCUUUAAAAGCCCUAGUGUAAAGACCCUAGAUAGCAUAGAACUUAUUAUGAUACAUCCAACAGGAGAGCAAGAUAGUCCUACUUCAUCUAGUGCACCGGCACCCAAAGGGGCUACAGAACAAAAGACAAAGGGGUCUGACACCACACCUCUAAAGAGCAUUAGCCCGGAGUUAUGUGCUGUUCUAGGGGAAAUUGUAGCUCAGUGCAAGAAGGAUUCUCCGGAUUACCUGAUGACAGGGUAUAGGAAGCUUAGGACCUUCUCAGGGAGACAUCCAGUGCCAUCCUCGGAAGAUGGCUUUGAAGAAUGGAUGGAUCAUGCCACCCAGGCUCUAGAAGAGUGGAGAGUCCCUGAGCCGCAUAAGAAACAAAGGAUUAUGGAAAGUCUCAGAGGACCGGCGCUAGAGGCCAUACGUAAUCUUAAGCUCAGUAAAGAUGAUUGCACUGCCCAGGAUUAUUUAGAUGUUCUGCAGAAUGUGUUCGGGAGGACUGAGAACACCAGUGAGCUCCACUACCAAAUAGAACACUGUUUUCAGAAAAAAGGGGAGAAGUUAUCCGAGUUUGUCGGCCGCCUAGACAAGAUCCUACACCAGAUCUUAUUGAAGAAGGGAAUAGAUCCAAGAGCAGUGGAUGAAGCCAGGGUUCAACAAGUUAUAAGGGGAGCCCAGCCUAUGGAUCCCAUUGCUUUCCAGCUACGAACCCAACAAGGGAGUUGA